UCCGGUCCUGUAGCUCUACUGUCUGUCCGACACGAAAUUCGACCAAAGCGUCCACUCCAACUAAAGCUUAGUUGCUCUCUCUCUGUUCACGAUCUCAGAGAGAGAGAGUCUCUUGAUUCCUGUAGCGUUCCAUGACCGUUGCAAUCACUGACAAAAAGAGUAAAGUAGAAAACAAAAGAAUCUCUUAAAAGCAUUUUAUCUAAACGAAAACAAAGCUAGUUCACUUGCAGGGUAAUGGCGAGAGGAGUCGAGCAGCUUAUCUUCUUAAUAUCACUGUUACUUACUCUUCUGGUUUUGUGCAGAGGAAGCACAAUUGGAGUUUGCUAUGGAAGAAAUGCUGAUGACCUCCCAACUCCUGAUAAGGUUGCUCAGUUGGUUCAACAACAUAAAAUUAAAUACUUGAGGAUUUAUGACUCUAGUAUCCAGGUUCUCAAGGCUUUUGCAAACACUGGAGUUGAACUUAUGAUUGGAAUUACAAACUCCGACCUACUACCAUUCUCUCAAUUCCAAUCCAAUGUAGAUACAUGGUUGAAAAACAGUGUCCUUCCUUACUACCCGGCUGCAAGGAUCACAUGCAUAACUGUUGGUGCUGAAGUAACAGAAAGCCCUGGUAAUGCCUCUGCCCUAGUUGUACCUGCCAUGCACAAUGUCCUCAUGGCCCUAAAAAAAGUUGGUCUGCAUAAAAAGAUCAAAGUUUCAAGCACCCAUUCUCUUGGGGUUUUGUCCCGUUCUUUCCCUCCAUCUGCGGGGGCUUUUAAUAGUAGCCAUGCAUUCUUUCUGAAACCCAUGCUGGAAUUCCUCGCUGAAAACCAAUCUCCUUUCAUGAUUGAUAUUUAUCCUUACUAUGCUUAUAGAGAUUCCCCAAAUAAUGUGUCUUUGGAUUAUGCUUUAUUUGAGUCGUCUUCAGAAGUGAUCGAUCCAAACACGGGUUUGCUUUAUACAAACAUGUUUGAUGCUCAGAUUGAUGCCAUUUAUUUUGCCCUGAUGGCUCUGAAUUUCAGAACAAUUAAAGUAAUGGUCACUGAGACAGGCUGGCCAUCCAAAGGGUCAUCAAAGGAGAAAGCUGCAACUCCUGAUAAUGCCCAGAUUUACAACACCAAUUUAAUUCGUCAUGUCAUCAAUAACUCUGGUACUCCUGCAAAGCUUGGGGAGGAACUAGAUGUUUAUAUUUUCUCAUUGUUCAAUGAGAACAGGAAGCCUGGUAUGGAAUCUGAGAGGAACUGGGGAUUAUUUUAUCCAGAUCAAACAAGUGUCUAUAGUCUGGAUUUCUCUGGAAAAGGUGUCCUUGAUGUGCCUGCAAACAAAAGUUUGACCAGUUUUAAUGGCACAACUUGGUGCAUUGCUUCAAAUAAUGCUUCCCAACUUGACUUGCAGAAUGCCUUAGAUUGGGCAUGUGGCUCUGGCGAUGUGGAUUGCUCUGCUAUUCAGCCUAGUCAACCAUGUUUUGAGCCGGACACUCUUGUCUCCCAUGCAUCGUAUGCGUUCAACAGUUACUACCAGCAAAAUGGGGCUUCUGAUGUUGCAUGCAGUUUUGGAGGUACAGGAGUUAAAGUCAACAAGGAUCCAAGAGUGCUAUCCCUGUUUGCUUGGAAGUACUAGUGUUUCUCAGUUUGAAAUAGUAUGAAUUGGCACUGUCAAAUUACCCUUCCUUUUUCGGGGAUUUGAGUUAGCAGGAGCAUUAAAAGGCUUCUUCACAGUGCUUCAAUAUGGCUAUCUUAUUUAUUUUUUGUUAGCCCAGUAAACCUCUACGUUUAACUCAUAACUGCCUUUGGUUUGCAGAACUUAUUAGCAAAUUACAUACCUGUGAUUUAUGUUUGACGGGUUGAUAUUUUCCCGGAUCGUAAAACUUUUCUGCAUCUGUAUGCCUUUGUUGGAUUGUCUGAUUAGACUUCGAUGUUUGUUUUAUCAUCUUUUAGUCAAGAGUCUGGAUGAACCUUGAAACACUCACUUGAAAAACUGACUGUCUAUU